AUGACUUAUAUGUUUGAAUAUCCACAGUUUGUUCGAAUUUCAUUGGAUGAAAAUAAAUUUUAUCCGCAAUAUGGCCUUUACGCCUAUAGUGAAGGCAGAUUCACGGAAAAAGCCAGAAAAAUGUGGUUUGAUGGUAUACCCAUCUUAUAUUUGCCUGGAAAUUCAGGUAGUCACAUGCAAGCUAGAUCAUUGGCCUCAGUUGCUCUUCGCAAAGCAAUAGCCAAUGGUCAUGAAUACCAUUUUGAUUUUUUCACAAUAAGUUAUAAUGAAGAAUUAUCAGGCCUAUAUGGAGGUGUACUUCAAAGGCAAACUGAGUUUGCUGCAGCUUGUGUAUCGAAGAUUUUAAGUUUAUACAAAAGCAAUAGAUAUACCAAGUCUGUACCAACAACUGUUAUACUUGUUGGUCAUUCUAUGGGUGGGUUAAUUGCAAAGCGUCUUCUGGUAUACUAUCCCACACGGAACAUCACUGAAGUGGCAAUAGCAUUGGCAGCUCCAUUGGAUGCACCUGUUUUAAACUUUGAUAUGGAGAUAAACAAUUUCUAUAUGCUAAUGAACAUGGAAUGGAAUUUGUAUAUUGAUAAAAGUGAAGAGUCUCGGAAGAAAAUUUUGAUCAGUAUCGGAAGUGGGCCACGCGACCUUCUAAUACCAGCUGGUUUGACCAGUGACAAUGUCAGCUAUAUCAGUGCUAUGACAACAGCAAUACCUGGAGUUUGGUUAUCACCUGACCAUGUCAGCAUGGUUUGGUGUAAACAAUUAGUGUUGGUGAUAAAUCGUUACCUCUUUGAUAUUGUUGAUUUGCAAACUGAACAAAUAUCCAACAAUAAACAGCUGUUAUUCAGCAAAGCUCGCCAAUACUUUCAGGCAAACCGUUCUAUGACCCUAGACUUGAAUACAAAACGUCCAGAUGCAAUACUGCCAGCGGAUGCAUUCUGGUAUGAAGACAAUCGCAGAAUGUAUCAAAUUAAUAGACCUGAUAUUGACAGGACAACAUUCUUGAUGAUAAGACUGGUCAGUUUUCCGCAGAAUCGGUUUGUCGCUAUCGAAACUGUAAAUGUAAACGAUAAGGAGUGGAUAUUCGGUUGCAAUGCUAAAUACACACACGGCACUUACAGGCAUUGCAAAGAGGCGACCCCCCUGACGGAGUUGAGUCGAUGGAGCGGCGCCGCGAACGAUUCCGGCAGGAGGAAGCUGGCCACUGUGAACCUUCACAGCCUCAUGGACGCCUACCCUGAAUGGACCCACGUCGUGGUGAAAGUCUCGCCCACCAAGAAACCGAUAACACUAAACGUGGACGUAAACGAUCACGCGUCGAGGAGUUUGAAAGUCGUGCUGCCGCUAUUUGGGACGCAGAUGAUAAGCAAAGAGACCGAAAGGAACAGCCUGUACUACGAGCUGGUGCUGGAGGACCUGACGGAGUUGCACCAGGCCUACUUGCUCCACGUGGAGCCGGUCAGCUGUCACGUGGGGCAGUACCACGUGACCGCCGAGGUGCACGUGCCCUGGGCAAAAAACAACGAGUACCAACACUAUUACACACAUUUAAAGCGUUCCCCUAUGAAACUGCGCAUUUUCAAAAGCAACCCCAAUGUCACCCUCGGAUUGGAACCCGUGGAGAAGGUCAAAGUCACUUUGCUUCUGGACCCCAAGUGUACGUUCACGAUAAGCGUAUCGGUUUCGUGGUACCACCGACUGGCGCAGUUCGUUCGGAACUACACGCCGGCCCUGGUGCCCUACGUGGCGGCAGUGGUGCUGCUGGCGGCGAGGAGUAGCAUCAUCCACCUAAAAGACCACGGCACCUGCCCCUCGAUGCACGGCGCCUUGUCGAGCGAAGGCGUCAAGCCGUACUACGCUGUGGUGUUCUCGAGAUUGGGCUCCGUGGUUCUACUAUCGAUGCCCUUCCUGGAGUUUCUAUUCGAGAACGCGAGCUGGAACAACCGAGAACUGCACUACUUCGUGCGCUCGCUGCUGGUGCUGCCGAUGUACAUGGUGGCGGUGGGCUUCGUGAACGUGGCGGCGGCUGCCAUUCUGGCGGUGAUGGUGUUCUGGUCCCAGCUGGCGCACAGGCUGCUGUUCAGGAUCGUGUGGCGGGGUGGUAGCGGGUUAGCGGAGAAAAUGGCGUCGGGCCUACAGAGGGUGCCGAUGGUGGUCAGCGCAGCCCUGGUCUUCACCGCGCCCGUUUCUUGCGGCGCGGCAUCCCUAGUCGCCGGCGCAGCGUUUUACGCGUUCACACUUUCCAAAAUGUACGAAGACUACCUGGAGGAUUGCGUGUACAAAUUGAUGGCAAAGUUGGGCAGCAGAAUAUGUAGACUGUUCAAAUCGAGAAGAGAUGACGAUCAGAGCGGUAUCAAUCCGAUGCCCUCGGAGUCGUCGCGAACCGUAACGAAAGAAAUCAUGCCUAGUAACAGCCGCAGUGACUUGAAAUCUACCAAUAAUCAGAACGAUAAUGACAGACCAUCUGGGAAACCUAACGCAGAAAUACCAGUGUGCCAAUCGUCCACCACAGAAAAUGAAUCCAAAAAGUCCAAACGCAACCACAAAACAGGUGAUGAAGAGACCGAAAUUGACAAGGACUUGAGCAAUCUAAACUUCCAUAUGAUGAUGUUUUCCCUGUGGCUGGUGGUGGCUGUCGUCAAUUUGCCCGCCCUUCUAACAUGGGCAAGGAAUUUCAAGUACAGUAUGGUGCUGAAACCUGACACUUCUUUCCACACUGGACUUGUUAUGUCAAUAUGUUCAGCCUUUGUUUGGCAAUUGGAUGGGCCAAGACGUAACUUGAGGUUCUAUGAAAUGUUAUCAUCUUUAAUGUUCACAAUGGCAUUAUUUGUGUUAGUCUUAGGUGUUUUCUCAUUAUCAAUUGUGAACUAUGGGCUGACGUUAAUAUUUUCAUUAAUAACCAUUCAACAAGUAUGGGAUUUUGAGGAAGAAAAUAAAGGAGGAAAUGUUGAAUCAACCAAAGGUGAGGGAAUUGUUGAACAAAAAUCCAAAAUAAUUGAUGAAAAGCAAUGCAAGGAGGAAAAUGGCAAUGCAGAGUCAGAUCAAGAAACAUCAAAUGAUAAAAGUGAAGAAAAAGAAGAAGGCAGUAACAGAUGUACAGAAGAUGAGAAAAAAGAAGAAACACAAAAAGAUUGUGACAUUUGCAGUGAAAGUAGAAUAUAUAAAGUAUUCAAAAAUCUCAGGGAUAAAUUCAGCUUUAAUAGCACAGCUGAA